GUGUAUUUACCCGAAUGAGUUCUUCAGUGUCUAAUCACAUGUUAGAGGAUAAUAUACCCUCUGCGAAUAAUGAUGAAUUUUCGGGAUAUGAGGAGCCACUUGAAUCUGAAAGAUCGCCUGCGUGUAAAUCAAAAAAGCGAAAAAAACACGAUAAUUCUAGUAUUGUAUGGGAUCAUUUCGAGGUUGAGACAACAGAAAAUGGCAAUUUUACUGUUUGCAAAAUCUGUAAAAAUAAUAACAUUACCGUCAAGUAUGCACAUGAUUCUUCAACGGGAAAUAUGCUUGGCCAUCUUUGGUCUAAGCAUCGAAUUGAUAAAGACCAUCCUGAGGGAACCAACACUAAUGACUCAAUCAUCAAGGCUAUGCAUAUUUAUCAAACAAUCGAUGACGUGCCAACAAGAUGGAACUCCUCAUACUUGGCUUGGGUCCGGCUUAAAGAACUACGAAAAGCGAUCGAGUAUCUUGUUAUAAUGUUGCCUUCAGAAUCAGAACGCUGCGACAGACUUGAUGGCGAAUAUUUGAAAUUAAUAAAUCUAACUGAAAAUGAAUGGCGAUUGUUAGAUAAUCUUAUUUCAUUAUUAAAGCCAUUCUAUGAGGCCACCAACAUAUUUUCUGGUUCAAGCUAUCCUACUCUUAACCUUAUUUAUCCGACAAUGAGAUUGCUUAUUAAGAAGUUUGCACCUUCUUAUGAACAAACCGAAGAUGACUACGCCGAUUUAUUAUUCGGACCUAUUAAUAGGCAUGAAGAUGAUCCUGAAUCUGAUAUAGAAAAUGAAUUUGAUACACUAGUGAGUUCGGAACAACUUCAACAACCAUUACAAGCAGCACAAGGACGAAAAAACAAAUGUAACCAUAGCAAAGUCAAAAAAAGUGCACAUAAUGAUUCACGAUUUAAAGGUCGUCGGUUAAUUGAGACACCUGUUACUAAUGAAGGUUUAUGUGAUCUGGUUAAGGCUGCAUGUUUCCUUUCUCUUAAAGAAUAUUGGGAGGUUCCUAAAAAAAUUGGGCUUGUUGCAUCGUUUUUGGACCCGCGAAUUAAAAGUUUGAAAUUUCUUGGUGAUGAAACAAUAAAGGCGACGACAAUUGAUACAGUGCGAACACUUUGUACUGAGGAAAAUUACCGUCAACCUUCGGUUGGGCUUGAUAAGCCAUUUAACACUCCAGAUCGUGAACCUGCAACAGCUAAUAGCUUAAUUGCAGCUUUAUAUAGUAAUGAGGAAUUGAAUGAUGAAAUUUAUAAUGAGACCGAAGUUGAUCGUUAUCUUC